AUGGCAUCUAAGGGCGGCGGAGGAGAAGGAAAUCGCGGUGAUGGUGUUAAGGAUUUCAAAUUAUCUUUAUCAAGUAGUCUUAAAAUACAAAGAGGUGAUAUCACAAUGUGGUUGGUUAAUGGUACUUCUGAUGCCAUUUUAGGUAGGUGGCCUCAUACUGGUUGGAAAUGUUUUUGCUUAGCCAUACAUAGAGCAGCAGGACCUGAACUAGGAAGAGCUUGUUAUACUGUUCCAGAGGUCCGUCCUGGAAUUCGCUGUCCAAAAGGAGAAGCCAGAAUUACUCCAGCAUUUCAGUUGCCCGUUUUUCAUGUUAUUCACGCUGUUGGUCCUGUUUAUCACGUUGAUAAUCACCCAGAAGUUACUCUAAGAAAUGCAUACAGAAACUGCUUAAAGCUUGCAAAAGAGAACAAGAUCGAGUAUAUCGCCUUUCCUGCCAUAUCUUGUGGUGCUUAUGGUUAUCCCUAUGACGAAGCUGCUGCAAUUGCAAUAUCUACUAUAAUGGAAUUAUAUGGUGACUUAAAAGAGGUGCACUUUGUUCUAUUUGAAGAUGACAUUUACGAUGCUUGGUUGAAUAAGGCAAAUGCAUUGCUUUAG